AUGGGCAUUGGACUAAUCACCCUCGUUGUUGUGGGCGUAGUCUCACUCUGGUUCUAUGCCAACUACAUCUAUGACGAGGAUGCUGCUCGUGCUUUGACAGCCAGCAAGAAGCCUGUUUCGACCGAGGUUGUUUCUUUGCGCAUCUACCCCAUCAAGUCAUGCCGUGGUAUAGAAGUCCAAGAUACCAGACUUCAUAAAACUGGCUUAGAUCUGGACCGCCAAUGGAUGUUCGUUGAUGCAAAGACCCGUCAGUUCUUGACAAUCCGCUCUGAUCCUUCCAUGACCUUGAUCGAUACUGGCCUCAGUGGAGACGGCAAAGGCAAGUGGACAGACUUGCAUGUCAGCAUCCACGAUACCGACAAGCACAUCAAGAUACCUUGUUACCCUACCGCUGAAUGGCUGGAGGAGAACACCAAGCUUACAAAGGUCGAAAUUUGGGGUGAAGACACCGAUGGUUGGGAGUACAGCGACGAGAUCAAUUCUAUUUUCAGCGAGUACUUCAAGAAGCCCGUUGCUCUGAUCUACAAGGGUCCUACUCCUAGAAUUGCUCGUGGAAAUGGCAGUCCUGAUCUGUACGGAAAGGAACAAGAGCAUCAUUUCGCCGAUGUCAUGAGCAUUCAAAUUGCUUCGGAAGCCUCUCUCGCCGACCUCAACUCCAGACUCGAAGCUGCUGGCCAGGAUCAGCUCACCAUCGAACGCUUCAGACCCAACAUCAUUGUCAAAGGAAACAAAGCUUGGGAUGAGGACAGCUGGAAGAAGGUGUGCAUUCGCACUACUGAUCACCAACGCGAAGCAAUCUGGAAGGUCAAUCUUGACGUUUUGUGCCACUGUGCUCGCUGUCAGGUGCCCAAUGUCAACCCAGAUACGGCUGAGAAACACGCGCACGAACCUUGGGACACACUCAUGAAGUUCAGACGUAUCGAUCAGGGUGGGGUGGCCAAGUACAAGCCUUGCUUUGGUAUGCUUUGCAUUCCCACGUCCGAUGGACCAAUUGCUGUGGGCGCUGCUCUCGAGAUCUUGGAACGUACAGACAAGCAUCUGUACAAUACAUCCAAGUUCGAGGACUUGUAG